AUGCUGAAGGCACCGUACAUACGAGCUGCGGCAGUGGGACGCAAGAUUCCUCUGCUUCCGCUGGAAUAUUACAGCGGGGGGCGCCACGGAGCGGCGUUCAUGCUGGCGGAACUGCGACGUCUUGAUGACAGAAAGGACUCUUCGACCUCGAACACGGCGCCUUCGCUGGCCCUGUGGCUCUACCGUUCUUCUCUGCUUCGGCGACUGUGGCUUGAGGGGAUCGUAUGUGACGCCGUAGUGGCCGACGGCUUUACCGCCAGGGAAUUUACGGCGUUGCUGCACCGAAUUCUUCAAGCCCCGCGCUUCUUACGCGGCGAAAACAAGGCCACUCAGGAUGAGGCCGUCAAACUUGUGUGGGGUGUUCAGAAGGAGUUUGCAUGGCGUGUGUUGGGGGCUAUCGUGGAGGAAAACCAGUGGUUUUGGACGUUACGGGAGGCGUGGGACUGUGCCACAACUCUGGUGAAGGAUUCCGUUUUUCCCGAUGAUGUGAUGAGUCUGUCAUUGCUGCUACCGCUGGCACGGCGCAUGGCGACGAGGGAAGGUUCGGGAUGCACACUGCAUGAGGGCCUGCGGGAUCUUCACGCACAGAAACUUCACGGAGGCGUCUUGUGGUUUCUUGCACGACGUGCCACAUCGUCGCCACGGCCUGAAAAACAGUUGCUGGAGGCCGCAACCAAAGCCGCCUGCGCGGUGCCAACUUUUUUGAUUAUAAAAUCAUCGGAUGGGAAAUUGAAUGGCGACGACGAGAAACAAAUGGCUUCUUUAUUGCAAAUGACACAUGGUUCUGGAGAAACUUCACAAGAGAGCGUAUUCUCUCCUUUUUGGCACGUCCUUCUCUAUGAAAUGGUUUAUUAUGCGCAUUGCAUUCUUUGUGAUGCUACGGCGAAGGAGCGACAUCAGGUGGGGACUCUUCUUUCUCUCCGACGUGUUUUGUGUUCCUUUUGUCGCCACAGUCUUGUGCGUCCAGUGCUGGAAUUUCAUUGUGCCAUAACAGCGCCAUGGCGAAAAGGUUUGGAGAAAGACCCCUCUGCUUUGAAUGCACGUUACGGUCCCCUUGUGUACCGAGAGGCACUGCUGCUGGACGCAUAUGCACUUAUGACCCUUGGACAUGUGGGCGAGACAGCCAUCGACGUGGACGAUGCAGCCGUGAAGGAAGUAAUGAUGAUUCAAUCACGUUGCCUCGCUCACCUAGAGGCCCUCGCUCAGAACAAACCCGAUGCAGGCAUUGACCGCGACGCCAUGGGACUACAUCGGGGUGCUCGUGCGGGUGUGGAGCGACGCCUGUGUGAAGGUAUCCGGCUCUCCUUUAAGUUACUACUACGCCGUGGUGCAUAUGAGGUCAUUCAUCAGAUCCUCACGCGUUGCCCUUCGCUUGGUGGCUCAUGGGAAGGUGGCAAGGCUCUCGUGAUGCUGGGUAAACACAUGGAGGCGGUGUCGAUCUUCACAAAUUUUUUGGAGAGCACGAGAAAACAGUUUGCCUCCGGAAUUCCGCACCAUAUUCGUUGUAUGAUGUUGGAGGCUGUGGAGGGUGCGGCACGGAGCUACCUGAAGGAAACGAGUGACGUUACAGGAAGACUGGUUUCUUUGUACGAAGUCACACGGAAUUGGGGCUUUCCCGUUCCAGCAGCCGUUACAUUUGCCGCCAUUCUCCGCGCAUGUUGUACAGGGAGAAAUGGGACAGAGGGCUUCAGAAAUUGGGGCCGGAAAAAGCGGUUGGAUUUGAUGAACGCACUGCUUCGUCACCAUGUCACCGUUGCAGCAUACAUUGGGGAUGGUCUUCUUCUAGAGACGAUUGAAAUAUUUGUGAAGCUGCUGGCGGAAUGUCGGGAAGGUGCACUAUCGUCCAAUGUGGAUUUAUUGCCCUUGCUGCAAAGGGCACAUCCCGGGUUGCCCGUCUACCGGGUGGCGAUUCUUCACUUCUUACGUGUGGAAUACAAGGACGCCGUGAAUGCCCUACUGAAGCACAUCGCCCCGAGUUCUGCGGAUACUACCGUUCUUUUGACGCCACUGCAGGAGUUACCGCUCGCCGCUUUGGAGGCGCUGUCUAGGCACGUGGCACAGGCAGAAUCCGAGGAACAACGUGUGGUCUCUGCCGUAUUGAGUGCAUUGGAGUACCGACGGUUCGCGGAGGAGCAACGAUUGCCGUGGCAAUGCCACCUUUGCCGACACUGGAACAAGAAAAAUGCCUCCGCAUGCAAAUUAUGCGGUUCACUAGAACUUGCUGUGGUGCGGUGUCAUGCGUGUGGGGGAUUUUCGCCCACCAGUGCCCCUGGCUGCCUCGUGUGCGGUGCCGAGAAACGACGAAAUACUAGUGAUCAAGGGGUUUCUCACGUCAGGGAAGACUGCACCAUUUUCCCGUUGCGCAGGUGGCGGUGUGGGCGAUGUAACCACACAAAUGAGCCACAACAUUUGUUUUACUGCUCCAAAUGCGGAUCCGUUCAACCAGAAAUGGUAGAAGCUCUAACGCAUACAUCGUUUGAUUGUCGCGUGUGUAGCCACCAUAACCCCCUGGGUUUGCUACGGCCUUGGUGCCCGGCAUGCGGCACACUGAGCACUGUUGCAGCUGCGGGGCCGCCAAAGACCUUGUGGCGAUGUGUUGAGUGCCGCACACUCACUCCAUGGAUUCUCACACAUUGUCAUGGCUGCGGUGGGUCGAAACCGGCGCCAACUUUACGUUUUGACACGCCAUGGUUUACGCGCGUUUGCAUGAGUUGCGAGGCGAUAAAUCCCGCCUGGAGUGUUGUUUGCCAUGGCUGUGGUGUAAAGCUUGCGACAGAUGGAGGGAAGAAGGAGCAUGAAGUGGAGGAGAGGGAGCAAUUGGUGGUCCAUUCUGCGCGUGGUGAAGUUUCUGCUGGAGAGCCCACGUCCACAUCUUGUCCGCAUUGUGGCAACUUGUACCCCGAUCAUAGGGACAUGUUUUGCCGAACUUGUUUUGUCCUUCGCCCCAACAGCACGUGCUUACUUUGGGUGUGUCUGCACAAUAAUUGUUUGGGAGUAAAUGUACGCUAUGGGGAGAGGGGCGAAAGGGGUUUGCUGGUAUGCAGCCACUGCGGCGUGUCGCACAACAUCGCCGCUGCCGGGGGCUAUCAUUCUAACCCUUUGCGCUACAGAGAGCUCACCUCUGUGGAGAAGCGACGUGGAUGCGGUAAAGAUCCACCGACAGGAGAUGAGAGUCGUGGCAUGCAAAGCAGUCAAUUACCAAGUGCACUGUUGUUGCCGGUGCCAUCUGCUCCUCGCGUGUGCGCCUUUUGCGGUGCAUACCUCCAGCUGCAGAAUAUUGCUCGGAUAUGUCACGUUUGUUUUUACUGCGGCUACUCAUUGCCCCAUUCUUCAGAUGCUUCCGCGGCUGAACAUGACAUUGCCCUUCGCUUGAUACUCAGUGCGAUGCUACAAACGGUGCAUCGCGUGAAACAAGGUCUUCUCUCUUCCACCACGGUACUGUCACCCCUCCGCUCCAUGCUAAUGGCGCUCCUUCGCGCACAGGAGGUGCAACUUCCGUGGCGUGGUUGUGAUCUCUUGAAUGGGAUGCGUUGCGGUUUGCAAUCGCGCGUCCCAGUGUUGGAGAAUGACACCGUCCAUAGUUCAGUAUGCGACGUGGCAGAGAUUAUCCGAACCGUUUGUGAGAUUGCAUCCUCGGCGACAGUGGAUGAGAAAGCCACCGCAAAGGAAGGAACAAAAUCUUCUUGGACAAAGAAGCGACCAUGGGUACAUCUUGCACUUGACCUUGUCGAUCUCAUGAACCGCACAACUGAAUACGACGAGUUGGGAUUUGAUGUCUUAGCGCAACUCUGCAUGGAGGUAAGGCCGCAGCAGCGCUCUCACAUUUACCGAGAAACCCACUGGACGUACCUGCGCUACAUGAAGCUACCGAGAGAAUUUAUUGUUAACGAUGUCGUCUGUCCAACUUGUCUGCUGCCAAAAGCACGUGGGACUGGGGAGGCGGGAAAUACAUGCCGCUGUACGGUAAGUCUUACGGAUAGUGGUGCCACAGAUGCAUCAGUUAUGAUUAAAAGGGCCUAA